GGCAGACGACGUUGACGAAACUGUCACCCCAGAAGAUAAAGAUCCGAGGAUAGACAAGCUUCGACAAAUGUUUUUAGAUGAGUUUGCAGAGAAUAUUGAGAAGGGUCUAUACGAUGACCGCGACGUGAGCCGUGUCAAAUGUGAGGACCAGUAUGUGAGGUGUUUUGUGGAGGACAGAGAUAAGCUGGAGGAUUCCUUGGCUAUGAUGCAUGAGUCCCUGAAAUGGAGGAUGGAAAUAGGAUUAAAUGAUUUAACUGAAGAUAACUUUAACCGAUGGAUGUGGGAUUUAGGGGCUGUUUUCUUUCAUAACACAGAUAAGGAUGGACACAAAAUUUUAUUUGUCAAAGUCAAGGAAUACAGGAAAGAUUUGAAUAUGCUGCCAACAGUGAAGAAGUUUUUUGCUCUCGCCUUAGAACAAGCGUCGCUGGCUGCCCCGGGGGAGAGGAUAGUUCUACUGUUUGAUAUGUUAGAUACAGGAUUUGCAAACCUGGACAUGGAUCUUAUAAAGUACUGCUUAACCUGUUUCAAAUUUUAUUUCCCAGGAUUGUUAGCAUAUAUUCUUGUGUUUGAAAUGCCGUGGAUUUUUAAUGCUGCAUGGAGAGUGAUCAAAACAUGGCUAAAUCAGAAAGCUGUAGAGAAGAUCAAGUUUGUGAACAAACCUGACAUCCAGGAGUACAUCAACAAGGACCAGCUGUUGGAACACAUGGGAGGAACUGACAAGUUCCAGUACUCCUAUGAUCCGACGGUCCAGAAAGGUUUUCUUGAGAACGGAAAGAUUUCGCGCUCAGGGGCCAAAAAGCGGGUGACCUUUGCUGAAAAUACAGUGUACAAAAGCUUCAGUAAUGAUAAUAUCAAAGAAGAAGACUCAAAAUCAAAGUCAACAGCGGUGAACAAAAACUUGAACAUCAACCGUUCAGCCUUACAAUCCAGACGGAUGAACCGUGACGAGAAUUCCUACAUCGGCCGGCUCCUCACAAUCAGCCCUGCUGAAGAGCUACAGUUUUAUGUUGAGGAUGCCAGGGAGAGUACAGAUGUCAUAUCCCUCACCAACUCUCUGCCGUACGCCAUCGCCUUCAAGGUGAAGACCACUUCCCCAGAGAAGUACCGUGUGCGCCCAAGCGCUGGCAUCGUGCGGCCUGGCUCCUGUGUAGAGGUUACAGUCUAUCUACACAAUUCCUACGCCCAGACAAUAUCCCGAGACAAAUUCCUGAUCAUGGCUAUAGAACUGACAGAAGACUACCCGACCAGUGUAUCUGACCUGUGGAAGACAGUGCCCAGGGAAAACAUCAUGGAACACAGAUUGCGAUGUACACAAGUAACAAGGGGUGAUUAUUCGGAACCAACAGUAAGACCAGACAAUUGGGAAAUUAAACAACAGAUUAUAUCAUUAAGACGCCAGUUGGACACCCUAGCAACAUCCCAUGACCGUAUGCUGCGGAACUCCAAGAUCACCCUGGGGCUUCAGAUCCUCACCCUUUUCUUCAUGUUCAUAUUCUUACUGUACCUGCUCCCUGAUGAGGAUCCUAGGCCGCACUGUACCUACUGACCACCUGGAAGGCUGGCGAGGGGUCACUUGGGCUGGUCGCUGGCUGUCCCCACCUAUGCCCUCACUACAAGACAACACAGCCAUACAUUAUUAAACAGUGCUGCAGGAGUGGGAAAUGUUGGAUCGUCAUUGUGAUAUUUGUGUUAUUGCAUAAUUUUGUAAACAUCUUUUGAUAUAAUCUUUCAUGAUUUUUGGACCUCUCAUCUUUUUCUCUCUCUGUAUUAUUGGUUUUCAUCUCUGUGAGAGAAAAACUAUUUUUGUGCCCUUUUUUGUACGACCUUACCUUAUCAUAUAUAUCAUGAUUUUGUUUGUUUUUAAUUUUUUUAAAGUAAACAGGAUAAUGGUAGUGUGAGAUCUUUCAUCAGUGUGCCAGCCUGGUGUAUAUUUUGAGACAUUGUCAGUCUGUUGUUACACAUGUAGAGUGUAGUUAGAUAUAUGGUAAGCUGGGAUGUCGAGCUUAAAACCCUAUGAUAAUUAAGCUGCAUAUGCUGGGAGUUUUCAAAUGUACAAGCACUGGAGAAUUGAGUAUAUGUCUUAUGUAUUGUUGUCAGUUUAUCACUUACUGUAAAUGUUGAUAUGGAGAUAUUUUUUACUGUUGUAGUAUAUCGAAAGGCGUAGACAUGCUAAAUGUGGAAUCCAUGUUAGGAGUUCUGGGGUUAUCACAUUGUAUUUGUGAGUCUUGUUCAUGGUGGAAACAACAGUACUAAAAUAAUCAAACCAUAUGCUGAGGUAGUCAAAGUUGUCAUUGAACAGUGUUCCCUCCAGUGUGAUCAGUCACAGUGCUGUAUUUUGAUAAACUUGAGAUAUUCUUUACGAAUACAUUACACACAUUACGAAUAAUGUCAGUGUAAUUCAAGCAUGUACUAGUUAGUAAAUUAUCAACUUUAAUCUGCUGUUUAGUUGAAAGUCUGGUGUACGGCGAGAAAUUGUGCUUGUGGUGUUUCAGAUGCUUGUUUUGUAUGUACAUGUCAAUAUCUCUGAUGUACCAUUACCUUUGUUAGAAGCUGUGAAUGUUUCUAAUAGCAGCUUUUCCUUUUCCUCAGGUGUGGUUUAUUUUUGAUAAAGUAUUAUGGCAGAAGAUUUCUUGUGCAAUAAGAUUGUAUUUUGUAAUGAACUCUGAUCUCUGUUUGGAACAAGCUGUGUUCAUUGUACGAGGUCAUUUUACAGAGCAUGUCAGGUAAUUAUUAGAUUAAUUGCUGCUGGUACACCUGUACUAUUAUUACAUAAGAGAAUAUACACAGUGUGGGAAGAAACUCUUUAUUGUAGGCAUUAGCUGUAUUUUUGUUGACAUGCACCUACAUUUAGCCUGGUGUAGUGAUAGGAGCAGCUCCAACCUCAACUUGUUUUGUUUCAUAUCAGGUUCAUUUCUCCUCUAAAAUCAUUUAUGUUAACUCAAGUGUUAAAGUGAUAAUUCAACUGCUAAUGGGGAUACAUCACUGGUUGAUAAUGAUGCAUUACUGUCCUGUAUAUUUUGCUCCACAUACCCAUUCAUGGCUCAGGUAAAUUUAUAUGACGGUCACACAUUGAUCGUAUGCCACCCUCCAUACUGGAAGAUGACCCUUUCCAUCUCUGAUUGUCUUGUUGAUACAUGUUUUGUUGAUUACCUCCAUAAAAAUCAUGAAG